AUGCUUCUCCGACCCCGCCCCUUCCUCCUGCAGGCCCUCACGCCUCUUCCCUUCUCCCGCGGCCCCCUCGCGGUCCGCCGCACGCUCUCGGCGCACGCCGCGGCAGCUGGGGCCGCCCCCCGCGGCGAUGCUCCCGCGCCGGCGCGAACCCGCCACAAGAACUCCCGGAAGGCCGAGCCGCCUAGGUUGCCCGCGGAUACGGCGCUGUUUUUCCCGCCGGGGAUAGACCGGGACGCGGCUGUGGCGGCGGAGAUGUUGAUUCCGGGGUCGAACAUCGUGGUGGGGCCGUACGCCGGGGACGCGAGGGUAAAGGAGGCUGAGUUCAUCGGGUGCAGCGCGCACGCCCGGGACUGCCCCAAGGACGACCGUCCCGAGUUCGCCGUCCUCGGCCGCUCCAACGUCGGCAAGUCCUCUCUCAUCAAUACACUCACUCGACGCAAGGAAGUCGCACUCACCUCCAAGAAACCUGGGAAGACUCAAACAAUUAACCACCAUUUGAUCAACAAGAGUUGGUACCUUGUGGAUUUGCCUGGUUAUGGGUUUGCAGCUGCGUCCAAGACAGCUCGAACGGAUUGGUCUUCAUUUACCAAGGGGUAUUUCUUGAACAGGGACACUUUGGUCGGUGUACUGCUCCUUGUUGAUGCUAGUGUUCCAACUCAGCAAAUUGACCUUGACUGUGCUAACUGGCUUGGUCGUAACAAUGUCGGGCUAACCUUUGUCUUCACCAAGUGCGACAAAGUAAAGAAAGGCAAAGGGGGUCGGCCUGAUGAGAACAUCAAAGUAUUCCUGGAGAACAUCGGUUCGCUCUAUCCAAAGCCUCCUCCAUGGAUCAUGACGAGCAGCACCACAGGACUAGGCCGCGACGGGCUGCUCCUCCAUAUGUCGCAGCUGAGGAACUACUGGGACAAUGAGGCGACCUAG